AGGUUCCCGCGCAGCAUGCCGGCCAGCGCCCCUCCGCGCACCCCGCGGCCUCAGCGGUUGCUGCUGCUGCUGCUGGCCCUGAGCGGCCGCUGCCUGCGCGCCGAGCCCGGCGACGGCGCGCAGACCUGGGCCCGCUUCGCGCGCCCUGCGGCUCCGGAGGCUGCAGACCUGCUCCACGACACUUUCCCCGACGGCUUCCUCUGGGCGGUGGGCAGCGCCGCCUACCAGACCGAGGGUGGCUGGAGGCAGCACGGCAAGGGCGCAUCCAUCUGGGACACGUUCACUCAUCACUUUCCGGGGACCCUGGGCGAUCCCCCGACAGCUGAUCUGCCGUCGGGCGCUCCAUCACCUCCCCCGCCCGCCACAGGGGACGUGGCCAGCGACGGCUACAACAACGUUUUCCGAGACACAGAGGGGCUGCGCGAUCUUGGAGUCACCCAUUACCGCUUCUCUAUCUCGUGGGCACGGGUGCUCCCCAAUGGCAGCGCGGGAGCCCCCAAUCGCGAGGGGCUACGGUACUACCGGCGCCUGCUGGAGCGGCUGCGGGAGCUGGGCGUGGAGCCCGUGGUCACCCUGUACCACUGGGACCUGCCCCAGCGCCUGCAGGACGCUUACGGCGGCUGGGCCAACCGCGCCCUGGCGGAACACUUCAGGGAUUAUGCCGAGCUCUGCUUCCGCCACUUCGGUGGCCAGGUCAAAUACUGGAUCACCAUCGAUAACCCCUACGUGGUGGCCUGGCACGGCUACGCCACCGGACGCCUGGCCCCAGGCGUCCGGGGCAGCCCGAGCCUUGGGUACCUGGUGGCGCACAACCUUCUUCUGGCUCAUGCCAAAAUCUGGCAUCUCUACAACACUUCUUUCCGUCCAACUCAGGGAGGCCAAGUGUCCAUCGCCCUCAGCUCUCACUGGAUCAAUCCUCGAAGAAUGACAGACCAUAACAUCAAAGAAUGUCAAAAAUCCCUUGACUUCGUACUAGGCUGGUUUGCCAAACCCAUAUUUAUUGAUGGUGACUAUCCUGAGAGCAUGAAGAAUAACCUUUCAUCUCUUCUGCCUGAUUUUACCGAAUCUGAGAAAAGGCUCGUCAAGGGAACCGCUGACUUUUUUGCUCUUUCCUUUGGACCAACCUUGAGUUUUCAACUAUUGGACCCGCACAUGAAGUUCCACCAAUUAGAAUCUCCCAACCUGAGACAACUCCUUUCUUGGAUUGACCUCGAAUAUAACCACCCUCAAAUAUUUAUUGUGGAAAAUGGCUGGUUUGUCUCAGGGACCACCAAGAGAGAUGAUGCCAAAUACAUGUAUUACCUCAAAAAGUUCAUCAUGGAAACCUUAAAAGCCAUCAGGCUGGAUGGGGUCAAUGUCAUCGGGUACACGGCGUGGUCCCUCAUGGAUGGUUUCGAGUGGCACAGAGGCUACAGCAUCAGACGUGGACUCUUCUAUGUCGACUUUCUGAGCCAGGAUAAGAAGCUGUUGCCGAAGUCUUCAGCCUUGUUCUACCAAAAGCUGAUAGAGAAAAAUGGCUUCCCUCCUUUACCUGAAAAUCAACCCCUAGAAGGGACAUUUCCCUGUGACUUUGCUUGGGGAGUUGUUGACAACUACGUUCAAGUGGACACCACUCUCUCUCAGUUUACUGACCCCAAUGUCUACCUGUGGGAUGUCCAUCACAGUAAGAGGCUUAUUAAAGUGGACGGAGUGAUGGCCAAGAAGAGGAAAUCCUACUGCGUAGAUUUUGCUGCCAUCCGGCCCCAGAUCGCCUUACUCCAGGAAAUGCACGUUACGCAUUUUCACUUCUCUCUGGACUGGGCCCUGAUCCUCCCUCUGGGCAACCAGUCCCAUGUGAACCACACGGUCCUGCACUUCUAUCGCUGCGUGGUCAGUGAACUGGUCCGCGCCAACAUCACGCCGGUGGUGUCCCUGUGGCACCCCGCGGCCCCCCACCAAGGCCUGCCGCGUCCGCUGGCCAAGCAGGGCGCCUGGGAGAACCCCCGCACCACCCUGGCUUUUGCAGAGUAUGCCAGACUGUGCUUUCAAGAGCUCGGUCACCACGUCAAGUUUUGGAUCACGAUGAAUGAGCCCGACACGCGCAAUAUGACGUACCGGGCGGGGCAUCACCUUCUGAAGGCCCAUGCGUUGGCUUGGCACGUGUAUGAUGAAAAGUUCAGACCUGCUCAAAAGGGCAAAAUAUCCAUAGCCUUGCAGGCGGAUUGGAUAGAACCCGCGUGCCCUCUGUCCCCAAAGGACAAAGAAGUGGCCGAGAGAGUUUUGGAAUUUGACAUUGGCUGGCUGGCCGAACCCAUUUUCGGCUCUGGAGAUUACCCACGCGCGAUGAGGGAAUGGCUGAACCAAAGGAACAAUUUUCUUCUACCUUAUUUCACCGAAGAGGAAAAAAAGCUGAUCCAGGGUUCCUUUGACUUUCUGGCUUUCAGCCAUUACACCACUAUACUUGUAGACUGGGAGAAAGAAGAUCCCCUAAAAUACAACGAUUACCUUGAGGUGCAAGAAAUGACUGACAUCACCUGGCUCAACUCCCCCAGCCAGGUGGCCGUGGUGCCCUGGGGUUUGCGCAAAGUGCUGAACUGGCUGAAGUUCAAGUACGGAGAUCUCCCCAUGUAUAUAAUGGCUAAUGGCAUUGAUGAUGAUCCCCAGGCCGAACAAGACAAGUUGAGGAUGUAUUACAUACAGAAUUAUGUAAAUGAAGCUCUGAAAGCCUACGUGUUGGAUGGUAUCAAUCUUUGUGGAUACUUUGCUUAUUCAUUUAACGAUCGCUCGGCUCCGAAGUUUGGCCUCUAUCGAUAUGCAGCAAAUCAGUUUGAGCCCAAACCGUCCAUGAAGCAUUACAGGAAAAUUAUCGACAACAAUGGUUUCCUGGGUCCCGAAACACUGGAAAGGUUCUGCCCGGAAGAAUACACCAUGUGUACUGAAUGCAGUUUUUUUCACACACGGAAGUCUUUACUGGCUUUCAUCGCUUUUUUGCUUUUUGCUUUUAUUAUCUCUCUUUCCCUUAUUUUUUACUACUCUAAGAAAGGCAGAAGAAGUUACAAAUAGUCUGAGCUAGGCUUUUCCUGUUCAUUUGUCUUGAAAUAAUUAUGCACACACAAGAACUGUUAACCGUUUGUACCUCUCAAUGUUGUGAAAUUUCAUUCAUUUGGCUUUUAGGAAACGUUUCUGUGGCUUAUGAUAGAGGUUCUAAAAUGGGCACAGGUGACUGUAAAAUAACGAAUAAGAAAAAGAAUGUCUGAAUUUGUUCUUUUUGGGGGGCAAUUAAGAGACUGAUAGGAACCAUAAUUUCCUUAACACUGUAUGGGAAGCAUGAAAAAUGGUAAUCACAGCAGAGAAAUCUUUGUACAGAAAAAUCUUGAAUGACAAGAUUAGGAAUAUUUUUAUCUGUGCCCAUUAAAUUUUAUGGUUUUCUUGAAGGGACAACUGCAAGCAUUAGAUUAAAAAAGUUAAGUCCCAGGUCUCUCCAACUACCAUGAUAAUACCUAAUGGCCAAGCCUCUAACUCACCAAGUUUCCUAUAAAGAAGGUAGUAGAAUACAUACUGGAGAGAUGGCAAAGGGGCCCUAUUAUUCCCUUUUAAAAGUAGUGUUUUAUCCAAUGCUGCUAAUAUCAAUUUAUGUAUUUGAUUAAUGAUAUAUUUAUCAGAUUAUGGAAAUUUAUAUUUCAUGUGAAUUUUUAGAGGCACUCUCUGAGCCCCUGGUCCUUGAGGGUUUUGUUUCACUGGUGCCUUGUUGAGGGCCCACACCUAGGAGACUUUUGAUAAAUGUUUGCAAAAACAUAAAGAUGAAUCAUGAGAUGCUGGGUUCUUGGGGAAGCAGAAAGCAAUUGUGAAAUGCAAUCUCCUGCAGUGGCUCUAGGUGGACAAAAACAUGCUUAUUAUGAGCAACAUGAUUAAUUGAUUUUACAUCCUUUUGUUUUUGAGCAGACCUUGGAAUGAACGAAAUGAUUUUUCUUGAGAGAAUAAGGAUGAAACCGAAACUCAUUCUGUGAAGACUGACUCCACUUUCUGUUCUUCAGAAUGUGCUGUGAAUUUUUUGAAAACAAAACAAAACAAACCAAUUCUUAAUACAUUUAAAAUUUCUUAAUAUGUUCAAAAGCAAUCAGGUCUGAUAACACUGGAUUUUUUUGUUUUUGCAUCUGUGGAAGUAGCUUUGAACUAGUUUUGCUUUGAACUUUUCUACUGAAACAUGCUACUGAUUCCUGUAGAAAGGACUAAUUAGGUCUUCUUCUUUAACACCCUUUAAAUAAGUCUUGCUGAUUUUUAGAUGGGCAUGUCUCUUUCUUACACCGGAGUUGUUUUAUAGAUAGUCAAUAUUGUAUCAGGUGACAUAAAGCAGUUAUAACAGGCAUAACUAACCUUGCUGACACAGGGUCAUAGUAUAUAAUAAAAUACUGUACUGUAUUAUAUAUCAUCUUGAGAGGUGGUAUAAUUUUUCCAUGAAAGAUAAGCUUUUGGUGGGAUUCUUUAUAAAAUUGGACACUUUAUUAAAAUCGGACACUAGAGAAUCAAUAGUUUAUUUUAUGUAUAUAUUUUUCAGAUUAUAAGAGUAAUAUAUGUUAGUUGUAAAAAAAAAUUAAAUACAGAGACUAUAUGAGAAGAAAAAUAAAAAUUACCUAUAAUGUCACAACCCAGAGCUAGCCACUAUUAACCUUUCCUAUGUAUUUUAUGUUAUAUAGUCAGAUCAUAUCACAUAUAGUUAUGUACUUUUAUUAAUUUUUAUUGUGUGACUUUUAUCAUUGGUCUUCAAAUGUAUGAUUUUAAUAGUUGUAGAGAUUUCUACUAUAUGACUAUACUACAAGUUAUUUGACCAUUCUAUUUGUUAAACUAGUUUCUUUCUAAUGUUAAAUAAUGAAUGUUGUUUAAAACAAUUUUCUUGCUACAACAUUUACAUUCAUUUCCUUGAGUGUUCAAAGAAGUAGCUCUGCUCUUUGAUGAAGUAUUGUAAUAAAUGUGCCUGCAACUUUA